UCUCUGUCAAAUAAUGUAAAGAAAACUCUCUGGUUUUCUGUUAUGAAAAACUUUUUUUAAUCAUACGUGAUAUAGUUUAGUACUUUUUACGAACAGUUUCAAAAUGAGCGUAAGAUGUUUGUUGCUUGUUAGUGUUUCUCGAAAUAAUUUUGGAGAUAUUUUACUCUUCAGAAAAUUUCCUACUGUCGAAAAACGAUGCGAAUCUAUUUGGAAAGAUAAUUAUGUUCCAAUUCCUCCUCCUACAUCAUUUUUAAGCAACUUGCUUGUUAAACUUGGACUAUCUAUUGAUUCAAAAGUAUUUGUAAAUUGGAGAGAUAAAGCUGAUGCUGAAAUGCAACUACCUGUAAUUGGACUAUCUUUAGAUAAACAAGAAUUGUGGCCCAUCGUUGCAAUUAUACAAAAACCAUAUCUUGUUUGUUGCAUUCCUCUUCUUGAAACCAGUAAGGAAGAAAAUAAAGAUAAUUUUUUAAAAAUUCCAUCAAUUUCUGUAGGAUUUUCAGUGCUUCUUGGAAUUUUGAACAUCCUUCAGUUAUCAGCUAAAGAAGAAAAACAAUCACAGCUGUGGAAACUAGAAAAUUUUUUGACACUAAAUAUGCCUUUCGGAACUCCAUCUGAUGUAGAAUCUUCCAGUUUGACGUAUUUAAAUAGUUUUCAAUCUUCUAAUUUUCUUACUAGGCAACCAGCUUGGAAACCAUUUGAUCACAGAGGCAAGCAGCGGUUACAUCUGACCAUCUCAGAAUUUGUUCGAUGUAUGCAAACUGAUGAUAAAAAGAGCCAAUGCCAUUGUAAGAUUUUUGGCCAGGUGUCCGUUAAGGCUGAAUUAGAAGGAAUAAAUGAAGUUAGCCUUGGCGUCAGCAGCUUGGAUAACUCACAGCCUUUGAUUUUAGAUUCAGUUUUGGUUCAUCCCUGUGUUCAAAUUCUCAGUGGCCUAACAUCUUCCGCAUCUGGCAUGCUGAAACGACUCCACUUCACCCCGCCAUUGCAUGAAUUUAUUCUCUUGCACUAUGCCUUGCCUGACACAAAGAAUGCCCCAAUUUCUGGUGUCUUUAAAAUGUUGGGAGAUGCAACAAUUGAGUUAAUGGUUCAGCUAAAAUUGAAUGAUGCUAUAAAAAAUGUUUUUGAAUACUUUGAUGCUGUUAUAGUGUUCCUCAAUCGGGGACCCGUAAAAAGCAUCAAUUUUAAUGUUAAUCAUGGAGUGCCAAAACUGUCUGAAGAUAAAUAUUCUUUAAAAUGGAGUAUAGGUACGAAGUUCCCAAAAGAAUUGGAGGUUGCUUUAACAGCUAAAAUUGAAUUCCAAGAGGAACCUAUAAUGCCGCAUAGUGAUCCUUUCUGUAUUGAUAAAAAUUGUUAUGUUCAGAUAAAUUUUAGACAAAGUAAUUCUACACUUAGUGGAUGCAAUAUUGAUCCAAAAACAGUUAACAUUAAAAAUUCAAAGGCAAAAGUAAUCAUAGAUCGCAGCAUUCAAUCUGCAGAAUAUAGAAUAUGGAACAAUUAUGGGGAUGUGCCUUUCCCUGUUAAUAUAGAGAAAAAAUAUGCAAAUCUAUUUUCAUAGUUGCACUUAAAGUUGAAAUGAAUUUUUUGAUUUUAUAUGUUACUGUAAAAAUUGUGCAGUUAAAAUGUAUGUGCUAGAAUUCAAUUUAUUUUUAUGAAUUGUUUUGUGCAAUUUUUCUGAAUGAAAUGAAUCAUUAACUUUAAUGUAUGUAAAAUCCAGGGUUCGAAAAGAUCCGAUAUUUUGAUAUAUAUCCGAUAUUUUCAAUUAGCACAAACUAAAGUCUCAAAAAUAAUAAAUGCAUCCUCAAAUCACUCUUUAUUUUCUUACAUUAUAAUUACAAUAUGUAGACUUCAAAUUAAGGUUUCUUUCAUUAUUUAUGUCUAAUAUUUCAUUUUACAUAUCUAUCACUUUUAAUGGAGUUAAUUUAGCAUUAGCUGUUUUACUCUUUUUGCUUCUGUUAGUUACUUUUGCAGUUAUAUGAUUCAGAAAUAAAUAAUAUGCAUUAGUUGGUGCACAGUCAUGAGACAUUUUCUUUUUUUUCUGAGCUAUGUUUAAUAUUUAAAUUUUCACUUUUAAUAUAUACAGUAAAACCUCUCCUAACGGACACGCCUCAAAGUCGGACACCCCUCUUAUGCGGACAAUUUUUCUUUCCCCAGUUCCAAUGCAAAUAACAUUAUUAAACCCCUGUCCUGCGGACACCUCUCUAUUUUGGACAAAAAAAAUUUGUCCCAUUGGUGCCCGCAUUGGAGGGAUUUUACUGUAUUAAAAUUGCUACAUUACUAAAAAUUUUAUGAAUAUAAAAUACAAGUAAAGAAGGAAUAUUAUAUUACUUUGUUAUAUUAAUGAUGUAUUAAUUCAUCAUAAAAAUAUAGUACAUGACUGUUUGGUUAUUUUUAAUAAAUGAACGAUAUUA